AGUCCCCCACCACUUCAGACGGAUUUCGACAUUCUCUACUCAACCCUUCGAUUUAUUCGCAUCACCAAAAUAUGCACUUCAGUUUUGUUUUCGCUACGUUUGCGCUCGCUUCGAUUGCGCAUGCUGCGCCUCUGCCAAAUGUUGACCAUAGUACCAGCUUGGAUAUGAGCCUCGAGCCCUAUGUGACCCGGGCUUUAGAAUUCAGUGCCCGAGCGGAUGCCAAUCCGCAAAUCCUCAAGGUCGGGAUCAGAUUCAGAGAUGCGAGGGACGAGGUAGCACCUACGUAUCGCAAUGGCGCUCUAACCGCCCAACGGAAUUCGGAUCCUCUGCAAUACCGGUUCAAUGUUCCAAACCGAAUCGUGCAACGUGCGUCAAUGCUCAUAGACAGCUUCGCACAGGCCAAAGGUCUUGGGCCGGCCAAUGUAUUCCCAAAGAAUGAUUUUCCUUACGACAGCGCGGAUACGGACUUUUCUUUCACAUUCACGAUGGGAGAGUGUAUUAGUGAACACAGCGGCUACUGUUGGGCAAAAAUCAAAAAGGACGGAUCAGGUCAUAUCAAUCUGGGCGGACCAGAUGGGCGUCAAAUUUACGAAUAUCCUGCCCCACAGACUGAAGGAGGAGGCAGAGGAGGAAAUAGGCAAUGAUGGUGUGGUCUUCCGCCUAUCUCAGAAGUUGAUGUGAUUCAAGUUGUCGAGUAGAAACACAUGAACUGCUUUGUAGCCAAGGUACUACUCAGUCGAGACUCAAAUUGGUAUAUGGUAUCGAUCUAUUCUUGGGACCGCAUACGAACAAGACGAGUUCACUUCCAUGAACCACGGAAUCCGUGGGGUCAGUUGUGAAAAUUUGAACAGUGAUCAGGCUCUUGGGCAAGUAAUUUGAGGUUAUCAUAGAUACACUGGUAUGCUGUACACGUGUGUUCAAA